AUGGGGGCUAUGCUGGGUAUCAACAUCGAAGACUGCACUCAGAAUGGAACUAUUGACUUCACUCAGGGAUCUCUCACUGCUGGUAAGGACGCUCCACCUUUAAAUGGAAUAUCGCUUGAGGGGAGAUAUUCUGUUAUUAUUUUCUUUUCGUUGACAGAGCUGGCCAAGUACCCACUCUUCACGCUGCUGUUUUCCUACGCCUCCUUGGCGAGUUUUACCGUCAUUGUCAUAUUCUUCGAAGCCGCGUUCUUCACGGCAACGCGGGUUCCUCGAUCAGCCGUGGCUAACCAUCGAAUCAACACUGUCGUCAUGAUGUCCGCCUUUCCUGUGUUUGUGGUGUGCUGCCUCCCAGCUCUUUUAAUACCAAGUUCGGCGGCAUUCUGUCUGGCUUUGGUUGACUUGUACUAUGCCUUCGUCAUGUUCAAGUUCGUCGUGUUACAAGUCGACUACUACGGAGGACAUCGGAAAAUGAUGGCGAGGCUGGCUGCAAAUAAAGUCAUGUUUAACAUUAAUGUUCCGUUGCUCUGCUGCUUCUGCUGUCUCAAACCAGUUCGCCUUACACGAUGGAGCUUUAUAGUCAUCAAGAUUCUAGUGCUUCAAGUUGCAAUCAUCAGGCCAGUGGUGACAUUCUUUAUGGCAAUUGCCAGUUUCGCAAAACUGUCGCUGGUGGGAAUCCCAAGUCUGAUCCUGCAGCUGGCCGUGUCUGUCCCCUCCACCAUGACCGCCAUCACGGGGAUGAACAUGCUGACCAGGGCCUCCAUAAGCAAGGACUUGGAGAAGUACGAGCUACCAGCCAAGGCACGCUUGAUGACAGCUGGACUCAUGAUUAUUGGCUUCCAACCAUUGAUCAUCAUGAUUGCCAAUUGGUGGCGGCCCCUGGGCUGCAUACUACCCUUCCCUUCCAGCAUGUUGACCGAUCAGUGGCAGUCCUUCAUCCUGAUUAUAGAGUCCACGCUGCUCAUGAUCCCGAUCCUUAGGUACUACCGGACAGCAGACGGUAAUGUGGUGGGCGUGCCCCCGCCCAUCGAAGAGGAGGAGGAGGAAGCUUCUACGGGACUGGGCAAAAUGAGACAGUGGAUCCGACGACACACAUUAAUGUGAAUCCGUGUACACCCACUCAUACCUCUGGUUUGAGUUGGCAUUACCUUGCG